UAAUUCGUUUCCGGGAGAAGCCGGCGCUGCCUUAUCAAAGCGUGAGUAAAGCGGUGCCGACGUUUUCUGGCCCAGUGGCCUCCGUCCGUCUACAUCAGAAAUGAAGAUCACUAGGCAGAAACACGCCAAGAAGCAUCUUGGCUUCUUCCGCAACAAUUUCGGUGUCCGGGAGCCGUACCAGAUUCUGCUGGACGGCACUUUCUGUCAGGCGGCGCUGCGGGGCCGCAUCCAGCUGCGGGAGCAGCUGCCCCGCUACCUGAUGGGGGAGACACAGCUGUGCACGACCAGAUGUGUGUUGAAGGAGUUAGAAACAUUGGGAAACGACUUAUAUGGGGCAAAACUAAUUGCACAGAAAUGCCAAGUUCGAAACUGUCCCCACUUCAAGAAUGCAGUGAGUGGAUCAGACUGUCUGCUUUCCAUGGUUGAAGAGGGAAACCCUCACCAUUAUUUUGUGGCAACACAGGAUCAGAAUUUAUCUGUGAAAGUAAAGAAAAAGCCUGGAGUUCCUCUCAUGUUCAUUAUUCAGAACACUAUAGUCUUGGACAAACCUUCUCCCAAAACCGUCGCCUUUGUUAAAGCGAUAGAGUCAGGCCAGCUUGUCUCAGUGCACGAGAAAGAAAGUAUAAAGCAACUCAAAGAGGAGCAGGGUUUAAUGAAAAAUCCUGAGCAGAGAAGAAGAAAAAAACGCAAGAAAAUAAGUGGCCCCAAUCCUCUUAGUUGUUUGAAGAAAAAGAAAAAAGCACAAGACACAAAAUCACCUGCUUCUGAAAAGAAGAGAAAGAGGAAAAGAGUAAGAAUCCGGAACAGAUCCGCCCCUGCAGUACCUUGUGAGAAGCAGAACCCCUGAGGAUGAGUGCUUCGGAUACUUUCAGAGACAUUGAAAUGGGAAAAAUGAACAUAUUAUCAAAACUAGAGUAUUUAUAACAAAAGACUAAACUUAUUUUUGUAAGUGAAUGUUAGCCUUUAUACCUUUGUGUAAAAUGACUUGUAAAAUAAAAAGAGUGAUUGGGUUUAGAUGUGAUAGUGCUCACUUCCCCUUGGUGGUUUUGGGAGGUUGUUUUCACUUUAAAAUGAUUGUCUCCUUCUGCUUCCUCCCACUGUCACCCCAGAUGUCAUGUCAGACAGUUUUAAAAAUCAGUUCUAAAAGGCCUGUGGCAAAAAAACCAGACAACAACAACAAAAAAUGCAGUGCCUUUACACAUUCAGAGGAAACUUCUUUCAACUCUUCCAGUAAUUUUGUUUCAAAUAUAUGCAAGGUGAUCAAGCAGACGCAGAGUGUACUCAUGAUAUUCAUAUCAGUAUGCUAAAAUACGUACACUUGGGGUCUUUCUGACACUAUUUGUUCAGUGCUAUUUGGUUACCUAUUAGUAUCUAUGAGCUACAACUGGAGAAUGGGAAAAAACUCAUUUGCUGUAGUUAAAAUACUUAAAAUUAUAAAUACAUUAUUUUGUAUUGUAAUGCUUUGGUUAUAUGUUCUCCUAAUAAGUUACUUUUCAGUUGUAACAAAAGAAUGUAAUAUCUGCAGUCCUCUAGUAAAUGCUUCCUUUAUGCCAUGACCACUAAAAUCAUGACACUGUUUUCUCCAUAAAACUUGGGGAGAGGACCCAUGGAACGCUGCACAUGAGAUUAGAAUCUGCCUUGUCAUGUGUGGGAGAAAUUUUGGCAACCACUGCUUUAGGGGGUAAAAGUGGGAUAGUCUUUUUGAACCAAAAAUUUCCCAUCCUAAAAGUAGUGUUAUCUGUACACUAUUGUCUCUUAAGAACACUCCAAAAUAAGUAGAGUUGUGUUCGGACAGGAUUCUGCAUUCCCUACAUUUUGCAAUCUUAUAGCCGCUUCUCACUCCUAUAAAUAAUUAAAAGUAGAAAUCAUUUCAGAACAACUUUGCAGCUGAGAAAUUUCAAAGUUAGAAGAUUUAUCUAUGUAAAGAAUUUGGAGCUUUUGUCUCUGCAAAAAGCAAGAUGGUUAUGAUUUGACAAGUUUGUUUUUCAUGUGUGAGUAGAAUAGUUAGAACUUUUUAAAAUGCUUUAAAAGUGUCACUUCACUGUCCUAUAACUUUCCUUAGGAAUUCUUAGUUUAGCUGUAAGUGGGAAACAAAACGGAUUGCUUGCACUAAUUCAAAAGUCCUGAAAAUUAUGGCUAACUACAAUGCAUGUAUUUUGUUCUUACGUACCUAAUAUGUGAUGUUAAAUUAGAUCUUUACUUCUUAACCAUUUCCUCCCAAACACUCUUUAGGGGGACAUGGACGUUUUCCCCAAGGAGACUGUGAAGUGACUGCCACCCCAAAAAAGUCAAGUAAAAUGAUACCCCCGGAUUGUUUAUUAAAUUGAUCACAUGA